AAUCGUGAAAGUCUUUUUGAAGAAAGUGCAUAAUAUGUCGGCCUGAUGUCGGACGAAGAUUCCAGUGACGACGAACUUUGCAAAAAGGACUUGGAAGAAAGGCUGGCAAACCAGCCGACGCCAGAUGUCGUGGAUUUCCUUCCCGCUUUCAAGGUUCCAAAUGACGAUGAUCAUGAGACUGAUGGGAGAAGCGGUUUGCCAAAAAUUAAGGAAGAGAUUUCCGAUCAAGAACUUAUAGCGACACCGGAAGCCAUGCUUUCAGCGUGUGAAAAUGGAAUAGUUGAUCAUGUACUACAAAUAUUAGAAAAAGAACCCACACUUCUUAACUGUAGAGAUGAAGAUGGCUAUUCGCCGCUUCACAGAGCUUGUUAUAAUGGACAUGCAGACGUGGUGAAAGUUCUUUUACAAAGGGGAGUGGAUUUGCAAGCUAAAACCGAGGAUGGAUGGCAGCCUUUGCAUUGCGCUUGCAGAUGGGGUGAAUAGGCCUUGUUAGUUUGGUUUCACUUUGUACCCACUUCAGACCAAAGGACAAUCUUAAACACCAUUCUUGUGGCGAAUAGGGUUCACUUUGAAAUUUACAGAGAAGCAUCAUGUUACAUUGUCUGAAAUGGGUAGAUAAAGAGUAUACCUAAGGCAUUUUUUGGCUCAGCUGUGGCCAACUUAGUAGCUGUAGUAAGCCAUUUUUAGUUAACAUGUCAAUGCAAUUUCCCCCACCCCCACCACCCCUCUGACCUGAAAGGGGCAGUUUGUAGGUGCAUAAAUAUUUGUGUAAGUGAAAGGUUCUUGUGACCCAGACUGGGUCAUUGCAAAGACUGAAGAGGGAAGGGUGGAGUUCUGCCUGUCUGUGGGAUACACCACUCAAGUAAGAUGUGAGACGUCUUGGUACAUUUACACUUUUCUCUCUACCUCUACUUAACCCUUCUUGUAAAUUCUUUGUUGAAGCCACUAAGCUAUUAUGCUGUUUUCUUAGACAAGGAGCUUGGCACCCAACAAUUAUUAACAUGCAUCCCAGGAGGAGAAGGUACCGGUAACUAUUCUCUUAGUUGCCUCAUGCCACAGGUACCAGGCUUAGAACUCAGGUCAAAUAAACACCCUGUGGCUUGAUUGCACCAAUUCCUCUUUCAGGGAGAGUGUAGUCAAUUUUAGGAGCAGAAUGUAAGAGAGGACAUGGCCACCUUUUGGAACCAUUAGCGUUCUACAGCUGAUUAAGAGAUAAUUUUGACUCAGCCUCUGCUUCAACUCAUUAUUAAUUUAUUAAUCUUGACAGGCAAGACAGAUGUUGCAUCAUUGCUUUUACAGAAUGGUGCUGACAUUAAUGCACAGACCAAUGGAAAACAGACUGCGCUUCAUUUUGCUGCCAGUGGAGUUGGCGGAACCUCAACUUUGCAGUUGUUGCUGUGCAACAGGUGGUUGGAUGCUAGUCUUCUUAACAUGCAGAAUGAAACAGCAUAUGAUAUUGCUAAACGGAGUGGAAGGCACCAUGAACUGUUUGAAAUUGUUGAAGAUUGUAUAAAUGUUAAAUAA